GCAACAGUUGCCUCGAGACCCCCUCGCGCCAUAGUGACUGUAGCCGUGGAGACAGUUACUUACCAACGGGCGCAACACUCAGCAACAGCAGCAGCAGCAUCUGGAAGUGACCGAACGAGUGGGAGAGAGGGGAAAGAGAAACUUUUCUCAAGGCAAAGCAUGCAGAGCUCCGAGGGAGGGUCGGACACUACGCCCAGCGUGGCAGCACUGCGGACAUCCUCAUCAGCUCAGGCUCCUGUGGUACAGCCUGUCCCAGCCUCCCAGCAGAGGGUGCUGGUUCAAGCCACAGGCUCAGCUCAGAAGGGAGGACAAGUACAACAGCUUUCAGUACCCAGGGUUCAACAGGUCCCUCAGCAGGUGCAGCAGGUGCAACAUGUCUACCCAUCCCAGGUCCAAUAUGUAGGAGAGAGCGGAGAGACUGUUUACCCCAAUGGAACUAUCCGAACGGCCUACUCCUACAACCCCGAGGCUCAGCUGUAUGGGCAGAGUGGUGGGGGAACCUACUUUGACUCACAGGCCGGUGGAGCUCACGUCACCACGGUGGUCUCCUCUGCCAGUGGUGGGGUGCCCCCUCAUGGCAUGGUGGGGAUUGCUAUGGACGUAGGCAGCAGCCACAUCAUAUCCAGCGGCAGCACCUACCUGAUCCAUGGAGGAAGUAUGGAGGGAAGCCGCAACCAUAUAUCACACUCAUCUCGCUCCUCCUCAGCUAUGCUUGAAAUGGCGAUUGAAAACCUCCAAAAGUCUGAAGGAAUUGCAAGUCACAAAAGCAGCCUGCUCAACAGCCAUCUGCAGUGGCUGCUGGACAACUAUGAGACAGCGGAGGGAGUGAGCCUGCCCCGCUGCUCCCUGUAUAACCAUUACUUGCGGCACUGUCAGGAGCAGAAAUUGGAUCCGGUCAAUGCAGCCUCCUUCGGCAAGCUCAUCCGCUCCGUGUUCAUGGGCCUGAGGACCCGCCGCCUCGGCACCAGAGGCAACUCUAAGUAUCAUUACUAUGGCAUCCGGGUGAAGCCAGACUCACCGCUCAACCGGCUGCAGGAAGACACCCAGUACAUGGCCAUGAGGCAGCAGCCUGUCCACCAGAAACAGAGGUUCAAGCCUCUUCAGAAGGUGGAUGGCAUGUCAGACAGCCUGUGUGGGAGCUCUCAGCACUGUAACAGCACUCCAGAGCAGUCUGUGGCUGCUCAGAGCCAACACCACCAGCAGUACAUUGAUACGGCUCACACCUUGCCUCCAUUUCCCUCUCCUGACUUGGGCAGCCAGCCUCUGCCUGAGCGCAUCAACAUGAAUGAUAUCAAGAAGCUGCAGACGCUCUACAGAGACCACUGUGAGGCUACUUUGGAUGUGGUGAUGAACCUCCAGUUCCACUACAUUGAGAAACUCUGGCAGACCUUUUGGUAUUCAACACCGCCAUCUAGUGACGGAAGCACCACUAUCCCCAACAGUGAUGAUGACCUGGAGGGUAUGAUCCCUAGAGAGAAGCUGGUGGCUCUGUGUAAAUAUGAACCGGUCAGACUAUGGAUGAGGAGCUGUGACCACAUCCUCUACCAGGCUCUGGUAGAGAUCCUCAUCCCUGAUGUGCUACGUCCUGUUCCUAGCACUCUCACUCAGGCCAUCCGUAAUUUUGCCAAGAGUCUGGAGGGCUGGCUGACUAACGCCAUGACCAACUUUCCUCAAGAGAUUAUCCGCACCAAGGUGGCGGUGGUCAGUGCCUUUGCCCAGACACUGAGACGUUACACCAGUCUGAACCACCUGGCCCAGGCAGCCCGCGCUGUCCUCCAGAACACCUCCCAGAUCAACCAGAUGCUUUCUGACCUAAACCGUGUGGACUUUGCUAAUGUUCAGGAGCAGGCAUCCUGGGUGUGUCAGUGUGAUGAGAGCGUGGUUCAGCGCCUGGAGCAGGACUUCAAGGUCACCCUGCAGCAGCAGAGCUCUCUGGACCAGUGGGCUACCUGGCUGGACAAUGUGGUCUCUCAGGUCCUGAAGCCUCACCAGGGCAGCCCCAGCUUCCCCAAAGCUGCACGCCAGUUCCUGCUCAAAUGGUCCUUUUAUAGCUCCAUGGUGAUCAGAGACCUGACCCUGCGUAGUGCAGCCAGUUUUGGCUCUUUCCACCUGAUUCGCCUGCUGUAUGAUGAGUACAUGUUCUACCUGGUCGAACAUCGUGUGGCUCAGGCUACUGGAGAAACUCCCAUCGCUGUCAUGGGAGAGUUCAGUGACCUGAGUUCUAUGAUGCCAUCACUAAUGGAAAAAGAUGCGUCCUUCUCUGAUGAGAUGAGCGACCUGGGCAGUGAUGCUGAUGCGUCCAGAGGGCCGACCGAACCGGCCGUAAAGAGAGAGAGGAUUGAAAUGAGCCACCCUCUGCAGGAGAUGUAAGUCGAGUGUGAGCAGGACCAGACUGAUCGCCACAAGGACCAGAGUCUCUCCCUAAAAACGACACAGCGGCUUUCAACCCCAAGCACGCUGCGUCCUUCUGCAGUCAGCGUGUGCAAUGUACAUAAAGAAGAACGUAGCAGUGUCAGUCCUCCCCUCACUAGGACGAUAAUCUUUCUCCCAGGAAACUCACACAUCUGUUUUUGUUUUUGUUUUUUUGUCCUUUACUCACAGGGGUGUAACACAGAUCUGAUUUUCUUUCCCUUUUUGUUGCAACUGUGAAUGACUUUGUGCAGUACCUUUUUAUUGGAUGUGUAACUCUGAGUGUUGGUGUGUGGUAUUUGUGAUUCUUCUCUCCCUCCCCCCCCCCCCCAUUUAUCUAGCUGUGCCAUAGUGUCAUUUGAGUGCCUUAGAUCUAACUAUAAAAUCCACCACUACAGAUGUCUAUCUGUCCCUCAGCUGUGCCUCUACCGCAGUAUGAAUGUAUCAUCUCCAAACCUCAGACAUUCGAAGCACCUUUAACAUUGAUUAGGUGUAGGUGUGUACACUCCUUGUUGCCUCUGCUGCAGCUCGCAGCAACUCGAACACACACACAUAAAAAAGAUAAAAACAUGCAACCUAUUGACCCAAAGGACCUUUCCCUUGUUGUUCCCACCAGCUCUGCCAUAGUCAUGGCUCUGUUAGGGCCUUGUAAUCCAAAAGGCAGGGAACUCUCUACGUUACCUGUGUAACAUGUGGGUUUGUUUACCUCAAUAGAUGUUAUAUGCUCCGUUCAGCGCAGAUGACACGAGGCAAGUAUUAGAAGAUGUAGCCACUGUUGGAGUUUGUGUCUCCCACUCCUGUUUCCUCUCAUGUAAAUAGAGCACACAAAUGAUCUCAGUCCAGUGCUUUAAGGAUUUCAUUUCACUUCGUUCAGUGAAAGAAAUUCAGAGCACUCAAGUUAAUAGACCGGAGCGGCCAUUUUCCUUUGACGUCUCGCUCAAGAGCACAAAUGCUGCGAUAAUUUUACGCUGCUGUGUUCCAGUUUGCAAGUUGUAUAACAUUAGUAAAUCUGACAAAACUUCCUGAUUGAUCAGCAUCUGACAAGACAAUUGUGAUAGUUAAAAAUGAACUCCUUGCACUGGUGUACCUAAGAAUAGCCUACAUUUUACUUUACUUUCAUAACACAUGAUGUAAAUGACUGUAAAAGGAAGAAAUGUGCAGAUGAAUGUAUUUAUUCAUUUAAAUCACAAUAUAUACAACAAGAAAUCCCAAUAACCUCAGGUGUGAAAAUAAGUUACAAAGAGCUGACAGACUCAAACAAAAAGCCUUUUAGUAAGCUGUCUAAGCUGUAGUUUUAAAGCGUCUUACUGGCUAUACAUGUGGUGCUUGUGGAAGUAUCUGGGGAGCUGCAGUGUUUUUUUGUUUAUACAUUUUUCAAAUCUGACCUGCUGAACACCAGGCACACCGGUGCGUCCAGUGAACAUUAUUUAGCCAUACUUGACAGAUUUUUAGGAGGCCUGGAAUUGCAACCUGGAACACGGCAGUACGACAUUUGAGCUACCCACAAUGAGUGUGAGGAAAGUGGCCGCCGCACGACUAUGGUCUAUGGAGAUGGGAUGUAAAAACUUGAACUGGAAUCUCAUCUGCCUCAUUUUGUGAUACAAAGUGGUUGUACAUUUCAUCCAAAACAGGAUAAAUCAACACAUUAGUGCAGUUUAAAACCAAAACCCUGAACACAAACAGAGGAUAUUGUUGGCGUCUGAACCAGCACACGCUCCCUGACGUCAGAUACUUUGACCUCAUGCUGUUACUCAGAUUAAAGACUUAUGUUCUGUUUGAAUUAGAUAGAAAAAGAAUUUGGGGAACUUGUCCAUAAUAAAUUAUAUAUAUAUGAUAUAUAUCUUUGUAUGAUGUAGAACGUGUGUGCUCUGUGGCCUUCGGUCUUUGCCUAAUCUCUCCUCACACUGUACUCGGUUGAUAGCGUAACAGAAGAAAGUGCUUUGAUGUGUAAUUGAUUAGCCUGGCGUGUGUGAUGAAUUUGUUUCCAAUCUCAAUUGUUUAAUGUAUGAAACAUGCUUAUUACUGUGGUGCUACUGCACCUGAGUAAGCUUUUAAACUGUCACGAGAGAAAUUUCUAUUUAUAUGAACUGUUCUGAAUUGAUUGACAUCAGUUUUGUGUUGAAAUUGAUUUGUUUCUCCCUCCUCCUCCUCCCCCUCUCAGAUUAUUUUGUUGUAGCGAAGAGAAUCCUCGAGCUCGAGUUAUUUAAGGCUUUUUGUAACUUGUGCCUGUCACAGUAAUUUGCCUUCAAAUACUUUGGGGAAAAAAGUAAUUUCUGUGUGUAAUUUGUAAUGUUUUGUAAGGCUGUUUUAGAUUUUUGGCGGAGGAUUAUUUUUUAUUAUUGAACUAGAUUUGGUUCUUCUUACAAGUAUACUGAACCCUUAUUUUUGUGCAUUUUUAAACCUGUUCUUGACUACACUUUAACUAGCCUAAGGACAGAUUAUGGUCUGUAAUAAACUGCAUAGUUCAGCUGUAUUUUGUACUUGGUCACAAUGUGUAAUAAAUAAAUUGGUGUAAACCAAAAA